GAACAUCACGCCGGAAGUUGCGGCCGCCGGCACGGCGGAGAGGAGCAGUAUCCUUUCGUUUUCCAGCGGGAGGAGUUCGAAACUCAGGCGGCGUCCGGUGAGAGCAUUUUCCGAAUGCUUCCCAGAUUCUCCGACCGGUCGGACUUGUUCGAGGGAAUUAAGGAUUACCGUCUCGCUUUUCUUUUGGUGGAAUCGCAAACCUUUGUUGUCCCAUAUCACGAGGACGCUGAGUUCAUUUGCACUGUUGUUUUAGGAAGGGGAAGUGUGGCUGUAAUCCGGCAAGACGGGAAGGAAAGCUUCAACAUUUACGAGGGGGACGUGUUGAGGAUUCCGCCUGGGACGACAACUUACAUAGUGAACACCGACAACGUUAAAAAAGUUCCACUUGAGUUCUUCAUUCUUAUACGGAGCAUCUCCACCCCCGGUCGUUUUGAGUUCUUCUCCGGCGCCGCAGGAAAGAAGCCGAUGUCGUUCUUCAAAGGCUUUAGCCGUGAAACACUGGAAGCAGCUUUGAACACGAAGUGGGAGACAAUAGAAGGUGUAUUGUUCGGAGAAGCGCAGGAAGAAGGUCCUUUCCUUAAAGUGACCGAAGAACAGCUAAGGUCUCUGAGCCAAGAAGGAGACGAGGGUGGCAUUAGGCCUUUCAGAGGCGACGAAACGUCAAAGGACAGAACCAUCAAUGUCUUCCCGCACAAAACUGUGUCCAACCAGUUUGGUGUAAUCUACGAAGUGGGCACUAAACAUUUCAAACCGCUCGAUGAAGUUGACGUCAAUGCCGCUUUCGUCAACAUCACAGAGGGAGGAAUGUUGGGUCCAUUUUUCAACACGAGAGCGACACAAGUAGCAGUAGUGCUGGAAGGGGAAGGGUGGCUAGAAAUUGGAUGUCCCAAAAACAAUUACCAAACAGUGAGGUCGAAGCUGAAAACGGGGAUGGUUGUGGUGAUCCCUCCGGGAUAUCCUUACGUGAGCGUGGCGACAAGUAAUCCUAGUAAAAGUCUGCAGUUCGGUUGGUUCGACAUUAACGGGCGAGGCAACGAAAGAGUAACGCUCGCCGGGACCAACAACCUGUUUAUUAAACUGGGAAAAACGGCCAAGAAGUUGUCGUUCGCCGGUUCCGAUGAAGAGGCUGUUAAUGUGGUGUUCGGUAGCCAGCCGCUUGAGUUGUUCUUCAAGGCGCCUCCCAGCAGCUUGAAUCCUGACCAAAAAAAAUCGUCACAAGAAACCAUGAUUCUGAAAACUCUAGGCUUCGUGGUGUUCUUCGCCUUGGCCGCCGUGGCUCUGGGCACAAUGGACCCGGAGCUCCAAACAUGCCGACAUCAGUGCCGAGUCCAGAUGGGAUUCGACCAACAACAGCGCCAAGCGUGCCUGGAGAAGUGCGAGCGGUAUAUUCGUGAGAAAGAAGGGAGGGAGGGAGAACACGGCGGCGGGGAAGAGGAGAGACAGGGAGGGGAUAAUAAUCCUUAUGUGUUCCAGCCGCGGCAUUUCCAAACUGCGCACAGGUCCCAACAGGGGAGAUUCUCGGUGCUUCCUCGGUUUACCGAGCGGUCGAACCUGUUCGAGGGGAUUGAGAAUUUCCGUUUUGGUGUGCUUGAAGUGGAGUCCAAAACCAUGGUCGCUCCGAGCCACCAGGACGCCGACUUGGUCGGGUUUGUCGCCGAGGGUGAGGGAACGUUGAACAUAAUCUGGAAAAACAAGAGAAAAAGCUACGAUAUCCGUGUCGGCUCCAUUGUGUUCAUACCCGCCGGAGCUACGACGUAUCUGUUCAACACAGAUAACAACAACAAGCUCGUCAUAAUCAAACUGAUCCAAACCAUUUCAACCCCAGGCCGUUUCCAGUUCUUCUUCGGCACCGGCCGGAAUUCGUUCUUGAACGCCUUCAAAUCAAGCAUAUUGGAAGCCGCUUAUGAUGAAAGCAAGGAGACAAUAGAGAAAGUGUUGGGAGGACGGGACGAUAGCCCUUUCAUACAAGUAUCUGAUGAGCAACUCAAGUCUCUGAGCAAAGGAGAUGAUACCAUUUGGCCCUUCAAAACGGAUAAGUCGUCGUCGAAGACAGUGGAUAUCUUCAAGCACAAAAGCGUUUCAAACAACUAUGGCCAACUCUUUGAAGUUGACAACGAUGAUUUGAAGGCGCUUGGAGAUAUCGAGGUUGCUUUCGCCAACAUUACUCGAGGAGGAAUGUUAGGCCCACUCUUCAACACAAGAGCCACAAAGCUAGCCUUUGUGGUGGACGGCAACGGGUGGGGCCAAAUGGCCUGCCCUCACGUCUCUUCCCAGUCAUCAGAACACACCCAAGAAGGAGCCACUCCAACCUACGAGACCAUGAACGCCCAACUCCGACCCGGCACGCUCUUCAUCAUCCCGCCCGACCACCCUUACGUGACCAUCGCCUCCCAGGACCACAACCUGCAGAUCGUCUGCUUCAACAUCAAUGCCGAUGAGAACGACGAGCGCGUGCCCCUCGCCGGCAAGAACAACUUGUACAGCAACUUGGACGAUACUGCUAAGGAAAUCGCGUUCGGGGUCAGCUCGAAACUGGUGGAUCAAGUGUUCGAAGAUGACAACGAUUUUGAGCUGUUCUCUAAGGGGCCUGAGUGGCAGCAGCGCGAGGAGCGUGCUGAUCAGUAGUGGGGCGUCCGUGCCCGCGUGACAUGCAUCCUCGUACUACAUGAUACUAUGCCAGCCAGUUUGUUUUAAUAAGGUCGAGACUUAUAUGUAUGAAAUGUGUCAUAUAAUGAAUGUGGUGGCGCAGAGCUGAGAUGUAGAUAAAUCGAGAUGCCCUAAAUAUAAC